AUGGUAGUAAAAGCAACUGAAAGUUUCAGAAAGACCAAGCAAAAGAUUGAGUUCAUUGAACCAAGAACUGAGGCAGGCCUAAAUAAUGUGAAUUCAAAACACGUUCUAGUCAAGGCGUCACUACCUGGAUGUCCCCCAUGUAAGUUUUUACAGGAGUAUUUGGAAAAACUGGAAUUUGAUAAGAAGUUGACUGUAGUUAAGAUCAAUGCCGAUGACAGCUCUUAUUUCGUUAAGCAAAUUCUAUUGAAGUUGGAGGUAUCAAGUGUCCCAGUCUUCGCACUGUGCACUUUGCCUGAUUUCAAGGUUGUUGACAAGGUGAUUGGAUUCAAUGAGACCAAAGUUAACACACUCCUGGAAAGAGCACUGAAAUAG